GAUUUGCUUACUUGGAGCAGGACUGAGUUUGGAGCGGGUACUGUGAAAUGUGUAAGCAUGAUAUUGCCUGGAUAAUCAGCGGAGGACAUUAGGAGACGGAGACUUACAGCCAACUGAAAGCUAAGCAGGCAGGACAGCCACACCUCAUGCGUGGGCUCAGCAAAGGUCCGAGUGGAUAGGGGUCUGACAAACAUGGGUGUUCUCCAGCUCCACAAUCCCACUCACUCCAGCACGCUCUUGCAGCGGGCUAAUCAGAUGCGUCUGACCGGCACCCUGUGUGAUGUCAUUAUCACAGUGGAUGGCCAAGAGUUUCCGGCGCACCGCACCGUCCUGGCCUGCACCAGCAAAAUGUUCGAGAUCUUGUUCCACCGCAGCAGCCUGCGCUACGCCCUGGACUUCCUGUCCCCCAAGACUUUCCAGCAGAUCCUAGAGUAUGCCUACACCGCCUCGCUCCAGGCCACAGCUGAGGACUUGGAUGACUUGCUGUAUGCUGCUGAGAUUCUGGAGAUUGAGUAUCUGGAGGAGCAGUGCCUGAAGGUGCUGGAGACCAUCCAGGCGGAGGAGAGCGAGGAAGUGGCGGUUAGGAAUCACAGCUCUGGAGAUCAUAGUGACCAUGGCCGGGCCAGGCACUGGAGGCAAAUGUUGAUGUCCAAGAAGCAUUCCAUACAGGAUGGACCCAACCACACCAGUCCCACAGCUCUACACCACCUGGCACUGUACCACAUGACUGAGAGGAGCUCUCCUGGCCCAGAGCCUGAAGCAGCUCCUGAAUCGAGCCCCAAGCAGGACACUGUGGUAGACAUGGAGAGUCCCCAGCAGGCUCAGCAUAGCAGUGUAGAGUUAGCCCAGGAUUCAUCCCUGGAUCCUCCCAGAAGUAUAAAAUCAGAGCGCAUGCAGGUGGAUGAUGCCAACAGCUAUGAGGGCAGAUCCUCCAGCACUGGGGAGGGAAGCUGCGUGUCAGACCAGCCCAGAGACGACGGCCCGGGGACGCCCCUGAGAGGCAGCGUCAUCACCAGUGCUCGUGAGCUGCACACAGGUCCCGAAGAUGGAGGACAAAUGGCGGGCAACACGCUUGACUGUUUUCCCGGGAUCUCUGAGAAACAGCUGGCCUCCAUAUAUUCUGUGCCAUCCAACCACACAGGGGAGGGUAUGCCAGUGUCUGUGUCUGUGGCCCCAACCCUGGGUGUGCCGCUGGAUCCGAGGACCUACAGUGGCCUGCUGCACCAAGGGCUGCUGCACAGGGAGCUCCUGAGCAGGCUUGGCCAGUUUGCAGCAGGGAUGAGGCACGAAGGCCCGGCUCAAGGCCAGCAGUGUUGCGGUGAAUGUGGGCUUCAGCUGCACAGCCGGCAGGCCGCAGAGCAGCACAGGAGGCUCCAUAAUGAGGAGAAGGGCAAUGGCUGUGAAUACUGUGGCAAACACUUCCAGGACAGCAUGCGGCUAAGGAUGCACAUGCUGUCUCACACAGCUCCUGCAGAGGCGCUGGUGUGUGAUCAGUGCGGAGCGACAUUCUCCUCAGAGGAUGCUCUGGAAGCCCACAGGCAAACACACACAGGGACUGACAUGGCGGUGUUCUGUCUGCUGUGUGCAAAGCGCUUCCAGACCCAGAAGGCCCUGCAGCAGCACAUGGAGGCCCAUGCAGGCAUGCACAGCUACAUCUGUAGCCACUGUGAGCGCCCCUUUCCUAGCCACACUACCCUCAAAAGACACUUGCGCUCGCACACGGGCGAUCACCCGUUUGAGUGUGAAUUCUGCGGGAGCUGUUUCAGAGAUGACGGCACGCUGAGGGGCCAUAAACGCAUCCACACAGGAGAGAAGCCUUACGAGUGCAACGGCUGUGGGAAGAGGUUCAGCCUGAAACACCAGCUAGAGACACAUUACCGUGUACACACAGGUGAGAAGCCAUUUGAGUGUAAGCUCUGUCACCAACGAUCAAGAGACUACUCGGCUAUGAUCAAGCACCUGCGCACUCACAACGGAGCGUCUCCAUACCAGUGCACCAUCUGCCAGGACUUCUGCCCCAGCCUGGCUGCCAUGCAGAAGCACAUGAAGGGUCACAAACCCGAGGAGGUGCCGGCGGAUUGGAGGAUAGAAAAGACUUACCUGUACGUCUGUUACGUCUGAGCAGGACUUGGACUCCACGCACAGUCUGGCACACACACACUCACUCUCUCACACACACACACACACACAUACACACACACAGACACACACACACACACAGUCACUAUUGAGUGAAAACCUGUGUUGCUGGUUUGAAAUGCUGAUGUUCCUGUAAGGGUUUUAAAAGAGUUCAAAUUCUUGUUGGAUGAGCUGGAAAGUGUAUUGUGGAAAGAUGUCGCUCAGAGAGAGUUUUUUUUUUUUUUUUUAACCUGACAAUUAGACGUACAAGCAGGAAUACAAAUUGGUGUACACAUUAGGGCUGAAACUAAUGUUCAUCAUCAUUCGGAUUAUUUUUACUCUGAAAGACAAAAAAAAAAAAAAAGGCCAGGAAGAGUCAUAUUUUGUUGACAAGAUGACUUCUUCAAAGAUGUUGUUUUGUCCAAAAACAGUCAAAGUCCAACAAAGUUUGCAAGAUUAAUGAGCAUAAAAAUUUUGACAGUUUCCUAACGACUUAACCGUUUUAGCCCUGAUGUGCACAAAUAUACAGACGCACGCCGUCUCCUCUCUCCCUCUCUCUCACUGACACACAGUUUUGAUAAUCACUGUAUCUCUAAUGGAUCCACUGUGGUUAAAAUCAAUGCCACAAUGGCUGUGACUGCUGACCUGUAUGUUUAGCAGGAGCAUUUUGACUGAUUGCUAAAGCAUCAGACAACCCGAGUUAUCUUCUAUGAUUGUGCAGUAGAUGUUGAAAAUAAUUCCACGAAAGCUUGAUUGGCUGAACUUUGCAACAUUUUCUCUCCUAAUUUCCUGUGACUGCUUUGUUUUUUGUUUGUUUUUUUCCCCUGCUGUUGGAUUUUUAUUUGAGUUGUUUAUUUUCUGCAUGUUUUACUUGAAUGGCUGCCACGUUUUGACCUCAUAAGCUUGAUCUCUUUAAUUGCCUUGUCUUUCUUGCAGUGGGUGUUAUUGUUUCGGGGGUAGCUGGCUGGCUCACAGUUUGAGUUUUCUCUUGUAAUAAGGUUGUGCUAUUUAUAUGUUGUUUAUUUGUUACCAAAUAUGUGCUGGUUUUCAUCAGACGGUCCGUGUCUCUUGGGAUGAUUUCUAGUAGAGCGAGCUCUACCUCUCCUCACUUUUCACUGUUUUACAUCCACUGCAAAUUAUUCAUCCAUCAGCCGUUCUGAUUUUUUAAACAUUUCAUCCUAAAUGACAUGGUCAAACAGUGUGUAAAAAAAUGCCUCAACAUGGCUUUGUGUAUUUUCUUUUCUUUUGUAAUUUAAGGUACAGUUCAUCCAAAAAUCAAAUUUAAGCAUUUUCCCUCUGGCCUCAAGCACUGUUUAUUCAUCUAGACCCAGUUUUGUAGCUAUCAACUAUAGAGAUACUCGUUUCUCUAGAAAAUGAGGGAACCAAAUGGUACGUGGAUUGUGCCGCUUAAGGCACCAAAUAAGAAGUACAGUUGCUAAACUCAGCAGAUAGAAUGAAUCAAUUAUUUAAAAA